AUGGCUUAUCCAUUGAAAAUCAUUAUCCUCAUAUUUAACCUCCUCAUUACUUGUACAAUUUCUCAAAAAUCAGACAUUUCCAUUUGAAUUGGCACUGAUUUAUCAGAAAUAAAAAAUGUAUACCAUAUCAGGGAAAUUAAUAAAUUAAGUGUCAAGCUAUUUCUUGUUUUAUGUAAAAAUUUAUAUCUAAUUCCAGUAUUAAAAUAAGCAAGCCAAAAAUUGUAUAUAUCUGAUACCUGCCCAUCAUUCACUUGCAGAAAGGCAGCUCAAUCUUUUACUUCUGACACUUGCAUGUAUUUUAUCAGCACAACUAAUUCCUAUUAUGCUCAAAAAUGCUCUGAUAAAUCUAAAAUAUGUGUUCCUUUGGUCGAUCAGAAUUCCACUUGUGUCAAUCCUACACCAAUAAUCAAUAAUAAAUGACCAGGAGAAAAAUGCCAAAAAAAAGAGGACUGCAGCAUUUUCGGCCCAAACUGCGUAAACGGGACUUGCGCUGGGUUUGAUCUCGGAGAAUCAUGUGUGGAUGAUAAUAAUUGUAAUCCAGGACUGAGAUGCCAAACUAUAUUAGGUGCUCAAACUUGCCAAAAGCAAAUUGAUAUUGGCAAAACUAGCUGCAACGAUGAUUAUGACUGCGUAAAUGGAGCUGGCUGCUAUAUCACUUCAGAUCCUGACAAUAAUACUUGUGUAAGCUACUAUUCUUUAUCUCCACAGCAUGAAGUCUACCAAUGCAUAAAUGACCAAAAUAAAUUAUGCCAAUCAGGAACUUGUGCACUAAAAAAUGAAUCGGAGCCUAACGUGUGGGCUUGCACAAUUCCGUUAAAAAAUCCUCAAAAACUUCCUACUUUAUGUACCACCUCAGAUCAAUGCUACUCAAAUAAAGACCCAAAUUUUUCUCCAGCAUAUUCAAUAGUUCAGCCUUGUACUUGUGGCUGGAAUAAAGACAGAUCUUCAUUUUGCCCUUUAUUCCCUGGAGAUCCUCCUUAUUUUCAAUAUACCCAGCAGCAUCUUAAAUGGCUUCAAAGCUCAGAAAUAAAUAAAUGCAAUACAGUGAGAAGGGAAGCAGAAGAAUGCCAAAAUGAUUAUUGGGAUUCUAAAAAUGUAGAACUUCACAAAUACUAUCAAGGAAUAGUGCUUUAUUAUGCCCAAAUGCAGGAAAGUGAAGAUUGCGUUAUAAAAAUAUUCCUUAGAGAUUGGAAAGAUGCUGAAAAAGACCUUGAUGAGUCAGCCUUAUUUUAUGCGGUUUCUUUGGUUUAUUUGAUGGCAAUAAUUUAA